AUGACGGAUGAGGAUCCCUUUGGCCCAUGUUUAACAGAAGAGCUUGAACAGUGCACAUUUUUUACAGAUUCCUUUUGUGAUCACAUUUUACCACGGACCACACAGAUUUUAUUGGAAUAUGACUCAGGAAGAUGGGUGCCACGGCUUCGUGAACCUCGUGAUCUGUAUGGGUUGUCUCCUGCAGGACACCUGCACCUAGUACGCUGGCCACAUCAAUAUGAAGUUAUCAGAAAGAAGAUAGAACAUAUUGACUGGACUCCCCCUGAACCAGAACCAUUAUAUAACCCAACAGGUCUGGAAAUCGAACCACUCUGCCCAGACCCUGGAGAGGGUGCUGUUGUCUAUCUAGCAGAUGAAGCUAACAAGGAUUCCAGCUUUAUGUAUUCUCGCAUAGGGGGAAGCUUCCCUUCCAAGCAGGUGCUCCCUCAAUCAUUGGAAGACUGGGACAAUACUUUAAUUUUUGAAGCACGGUUUGAAAGUGGGAACCUGCAAAAGGUGGUCAAAAUCAGUGAUUUUGAGUACCAGCUGACAUUACGCACUGAUCUGUACACAAAUAAGCACACUCAGUGGUACUACUUCCAGGUCACCAACACGCAAGCAGGAAGGCCGUAUCGUUUCACCAUUGUCAAUUUCACCAAACCAACAAGCUUGUACAAUCGUGGUAUGCGCCCGUUGCUGUAUUCAGAGGCCGAAGCAAAGAUCCACAAAGUGGGAUGGCAAAGGACAGGAAAUGCAAUCAGGUAUUACAGAAACAAUCUCAGUCAGGAUGGGCGUCAGUAUUUUUCCCUCACGUGGACAUUCCAAUUCCCUCAUGACAGGGAUACUUGCUACUUUGCCCAUUGCUAUCCUUAUACUUACAGCAACCUGCAAGACUAUCUGUCAGCUAUUGCCAGAGACCCAAAGAGGUCCAAGUUCUGCAAGAUUCGCAUCUUGUGCCAGUCCCUAGCUAGAAACAUUAUCUAUGUUUUAACCAUCACCAAUCCUCUGCAAGAUUUCCAGGAGGAAAAACGCAAGGCUGCUGUGAUUUUGACUGCCAGAGUGCACCCAGGUGAAACAAACAGCUCCUGGAUGAUGAAAGGCUUUCUGGAUUAUAUUCUGGGGGAUUCAGACACUGCCCGGUUGCUCCGAGACACCUUUGUUUUCAAAGUUGUGCCCAUGUUAAAUCCUGAUGGUGUCAUUGUGGGCAAUUACCGCUGCUCUUUAGCAGGUAGGGAUUUGAAUCGAACCUACAGAUCCGAUCUCAAGGAAUCUUUCCCUCCUGUUUGGUGCACCCGGACCAUGAUCAAAAGAGUAAUGGAAGAGCGCAAUGUCCUCCUGUAUUGUGACCUUCACGGUCAUAGCAGGAAAGAGAAUGUCUUCAUGUAUGGCUGUGAAAAAAGGGAGCAGCAAGAAGAAGGGACAAGCUUACACCAGCGAAUUUUUCCUUUCCUUAUGAGCAAAAAUUGUCCAGAUAAAUUUUCAUUCCCAGAUUGCAGUUUCAAGACACAGAAGGGCAAAGAAGGGACAGGUCGAGUAGUGAUGUGGAAGAUGGGCAUCAGCAAUAGCUAUACCUUGGAAGUUACUUUCUGUGGCUCUAAACUGGGCAACAGUGGUUCCCACUUUAAUACAAAGGAUUUGGAAUCCAUAGGAUACCAUUUCUGUGAUUCGCUGUUAGAUUUCUGUGGUGAAAAAAAGAAUAAGUAUAAUGAAUGUCUGAAAGAACUGGAGGACAUGAUGAAACAAAGGAUCCAGUUGCAGCUAUCAAUGACUCAUUCGACAAGGACUCCAGGAUAUUUGGAGGAAUGGGGUGACAGCUUUGCAAGCCCCAAGGAUGCAAGUGUUUAUCAUUACCCUCACUGGGUGUCGUCGUAUCUGCCUUCAGCGACCAUCUCACACAGGCUGGGUUCUCCUGUUCCAGCAGUGAGAGGAGAUGAAACAGCUAUUGAAUCCAACAGAUCCGACACAAAAUUGGAUCCAAGCCCAGACAAGAGGAUAGGGGAUCCAGCCAAGCAGCUCCUUAAUUGA